GCCCUUUGUGCUCAUGCGCCCAGACAGCCUAGUAAUGGCUGCGCCCGAGGGGUCGCUGAGAAAACGGAAGGUCGGGGGUGCGGAGCACAGUCCAGCGUCGCAACCUUCUCUGGCUAGAGAUCCCGCAGAUUCUCCAGCUCGGCUGCACACGGGCACCUUCUGGCUGACUAGAAUCGUGCUCCUGCGGGCCCUCGCUUUCAUUUACUUUGUGGCCUUUUUGGUGGCAUUCAAUCAGAACAAGGCCCUCAUCGGUGACCGGGGCCUGCUGCCCUGCAAACUGUACCUGAAGAAUGUCCAGGAGUACUUCCAGGGCAGCACUGGCUGGGCUGCCUGGACCUAUGCACCAACCAUUAUGUGGUUGUUGGACUGGUCAGACAUGAACUUCAACCUGGACCUCAUUGCUCUUCUUGGGCUGGGCAUCUCGUCCUUUGUCCUGGUGACCGGCUGUGCCAACAUGAUACUCAUGACUGCCCUCUGGGCCCUCUACAUGUCCCUGGUCAACGUAGGGCAGAUCUGGUAUUCUUUUGGAUGGGAGUCACAGCUGCUGGAAACAGGAUUCCUGGGGAUCUUUCUGAGCCCUCUCUGGACACUGUCCCGCCUGCCCAAGAACACCCCCACAUCCCAGAUUGUCCUGUGGGGCUUCCGCUGGCUGAUCUUCAGAAUCAUGCUUGGAGCGGGCCUCAUCAAGGUCCGCGGGGACAAGUGCUGGCUGGAUCUGACCUGCAUGGACUUCCACUAUGAGACUCAGCCCGUGCCCAACCCGAUAGCCUACUACCUGCACAGGUCACCAUGGUGGUUCCACCGCUUUGAGACCCUCAGCAACCACUUCGUGGAGCUUCUUGUGCCUUUCUUCCUGUUCCUUGGACGGCGGAUGCGCAUUCUUCAUGGAGUGCUGCAGAUCCUUUUCCAGGUGAUCCUCAUCAUCAGUGGGAACCUGAGCUUCCUGAACUGGCUCACCAUCGUGCCCAGCCUUGCCUGCUUCGACGAUGCAGCUCUGGGAUUCCUGUUUCCCUCAGGACCUCAAGGCCUAAAGAAGCAAGUCCUGGAGAUUCAGAGGGAAGAUACACAAAGGGUCCAGCCCAAGCCAAGAGACAGAGGCUGCUUGGUGCGGCAAGUGGUCAACAUCUCCCUGGGCAUCCUGGUGGCCUGGCUCAGCGUACCCGUGGUUAUCAAUCUGCUAAGCUCCAGGCAGAUCAUGAACACCUCCUUCAACCCGCUCAGGAUCGUCAACACCUAUGGGGCCUUUGGAAGUGUCACCAAAGAGCGGACUGAGGUGAUCCUGCAGGGCACAGUGAGCCCCAACGCCAGCGCACCUGAUGCAGUGUGGGAAGACUAUGAGUUCAAGUGCAAACCGGGCGACCCCUGGAGGCAGCCAUGCCUCAUCUCGCCAUACCACUACCGCCUGGACUGGCUGAUGUGGUUCGCAGCUUUCCAGACCUAUGAGCAGAACGAGUGGAUCCUUCAUCUGGCGGGUAAGCUCCUAGCUGGUGACUCUGAAGCCCUGGCCCUACUUGCUGUUAACCCCUUUGAGGGCAGGACUCCCCCCAGGUGGAUCCGAGGAGAACACUACCGGUACAAGUUCAGCCUCCCCGGGGGCCAGCACGCCACCCAGGGCAAGUGGUGGAUCCGCAAGCGAAUUGGUCCUUACUUCCCCCCACUCCGCCUUGAGGAUCUGAAGGAAUACUUUAAGACUCGGGAGUGGCCACUACCAGAACCCCCAUCUAGACACACACGCUGAAAUAAAGACCAGAGACCAACCGCUUCUCUACCUAUACUGUGCUGCGGCCACGGGACCCGCACAGGGACCCGGCAGCCCAUGGAUCCUGCCAAGAAGAGAUUGGAAAAGGAUGUGCUUCCUAGCUGUCAGCCUCCUGUCUCUAUCCGUCCCUGUCACCUUGCUAACCCUUCCCUGUUGUGGAGAGGGGGGUCUCAGAUUCCCUAACCUAGAGGCUGCGUCCCCUGUAGCCCAACCACACAUUCCUAGUCAAUCCCGUAGCCAGGUCUCUAUCACAAGUCCGGUGUGGCAGCACCGACUCGUUCCCACCAUCUCCCUGAGGGACAGGAGGCUUGCUGUUCUCAGCAUGAUCCCUCCCCAGAACCCCUCACACACCACCCAGGCACACACACACAGAUACAUGAGCUCAGGAAUCCCUUGCACGCUCCAGUGUAGGAUAUAUGCAAAUGGAUAGAAGCCCUGUCACCAGCUUGUGGUCAUAUUCCAGUCUCCCGUGGGUGACCUGUGGAGAACCAAGCAGAGCCAUGUCAGUGGGAACCUUGGCCAGCAGUGCUUAAGGCUUCCCUUCCCAGAUUGCGCACAACUGCCCAGGCUCACCAGCUACAAGGACAGCAGAGACUCUAGGAAUACCUCCCCAUCCCCCUGCUUGCUAAGCAUGGUGUCUGGGGCCCAUGUUGCCUGUCCCUGGGCCACACUGCAGAGGAUCCCAGAAAGGACAACAAAAAAGGUUCAGUUGAGGAGGCUGGUCGAGGGGGGCACAAGUGUGGCCUUGCAGAGCACCCCCUCAGCCUGGCUGGGGAGGGACGGCCAACCCAGGUGCAAACAGAGAGCCCGUGUUCCAGCUCCCAAGGAAACAGGGCGCCCUGUGUGUGUCAGGGACAGACAGCCUCAGAGCUAUGAGACUGGAGCCAGCAAGUCUGCCAUGACCACCACAGGAGUGACUGGCAGCCUGCAGCCUGAGCAGCCCUUCCUGGGGGCGGCCCAGCCAUACCCCAGGCGGUAGACGUGGGGGGUGGGGCCCUCAGCAGGGAUGGCAGCUGCUUGGGUAUUCUGGUGACCCGGGAGAGUGGCACCUAGCUCACUGUGAGCCCUCCAUGCCCUUGCCGGUUGCCAAGACCGCAGUCUCGGGGCUCAGUGGGAGAAACCUCAGGCCCCCAGAUGUAGACUUCUGGCAUCGGUCCAGCCAUGUGCCCCCUCCUUCCUGAGGAUCCUGGGGAGGGGGCUGCUGGUUCAGCAGAGCUAAAAAACGGUGUUUCGACCUAUGCAGGGGACAAGAGCUGUGGGAGGGAGCCAGGCCCUGGGGCAACCAGAAUCUACCAGGAUGCCUCUUGUAAGAGAGACAGGAUCUGACAGACAGACUGCAGACAGAGGACAGGUAAUAGAUGGUCCCCUGCUGGUUUCAGAAUGUCAUCUCCACCCAGAUGCCAUGCUGAGUCCUGUGCUGCAUCAUGUGUCAUGGAUUUGCUCACACAACAGUCAUGCUGUAUGACAUGGAGGCUUAGUGACUGACAUCCUUGUUGGUUCUUUGGGUACAGAUCUCCCUAUGUAGACCAGGCUGACUUCAAACUGAGCUGGGGUUAAAGGUGUGCACCACCACGCCCAGCUGCCUCUUGAUUUUUACCCCAUGUGGUAGCUGCUGUCGUGAGCUACUCUUGAAAUGGGAUGAGGGCACCAAUAGAGCCACACUGAGUGGGGGUUACAGGGAGUGCCCAUCUGAUGACACUGGCCCUCAGCAUGGAUCAGGGCCUCAAGCCGGCAGAGCCCAGCAGGAGUCACAGUGGACAAGCUGGAAUGGAUGUUAGUGGCCAGGUCAUUCCCUUGGUAAACAUUAAGCAAGGCUUAUCACUGUCCACAGCCCCUGGUCAUCUUGCUCUCUCUGGUGGCCUUAGGGACCCACUGAAGAGACUUAGCAGCUCUGACUGUGGAUAGCCCCACCCUACCCAAGCUCACCCUAGGGUAGACGGGUCCUGACAGUGGUGAGUCAGUCACGCUAUGUGUCUGCUCACCAAGGACAGCACAGGGACCUGAUGUCCUGAUCUAGAAGGCACUUACAGGUUUCUACCUCUGACAGAUGUAGGCCCUCCCAAUAUACAUGUAUCCUCAAAGAUCCCCUUGUUGAGGCUGAGAGGUGCCCCCAGCUCCCUUAGCAAAUGAUCUUUAUACCCCACUGGAUCACUCCAGCCAAGGAGUCUGCUCUAAGGCCAUCCCUGGGGAGCCCCACUCACACCCAUGCCUUGACUACACUGGGGCCAUACUGCUGCACUGGUCAGCGUCCAGGUGGAGAGGGGUCUCAUCCUGUCCCUUAGCGCAGCAGUCAUGCCAUGUGAGUCUACCAGGUUAACUGUAGCAUGCUAAAGGACGUGCCCAUCUGCCCCUGGGCACAUGCUCCCUCCACGGAAGAACCCAAGGAAGAAAUUUCCAUGUUGGAGGGCACUGGGACAAACGUAGGAAGCUUGGGUGCCGGGCUGGGCCGGGGGACAGGGGAGAACUCAGGUUCACUUAGCAGUACUGUCUAACAUUAGGGUAUGUUUCUGCACUUCUCUACCCAAAUUCCCACUCCAGGGGUUGGGGGUGAGUGGACAUAGCAGCUGUGACGUGAUUAGCCCCAACUUCACUCUGUAGGAUGUGCAAAAGCAAGGUUAGGGUCCAGUGUAUGCUAGUUGCUAGUGACCUGGGCUAGCGGACAUCGGCCAGGAGCCGGACAUGGGCUCUGGGAUGACAGAAGACAGUCAUACUAGACUCUCUACACCUGAUUUCAAACUCAGGAUCCAAAGUCACCAGGCACUAUCUCCCUGAGGUGCCAUGCUGGGCCUGACUAUUGGUCCCCUAACAGUUGGCAGCUCACCAGGAUGCAUCCUUCCCUCUCCAUCAUCCAGCAGAGGUGAUGUACCCUCCUCAUGCACUGGUCCCCAGCCAGCUGAAGUCCUGUGGCUGCUUCCACUGCCAAAAGCUUCCCACUCACUUGGGUUAGUAAAUGGAACCAAGGAAGCAUCGUCACGUACCGUACCGUCUCACAGGAUAGCAAGAUGCCUGAAGGAAGCCAGCCAGAUGGGUGAAACCAUAACAUGGUGUUAAAGGGGACUGAAGACAGAAGAGCAGGUGACAGGUCACCUGAAAAUGUCACUCCCGGGAGCCAGUGCUCCUCACGGUGGCUGCCUUGCAAUCCUGACACAAUUCCAGUAGUCUCUAUAGAACGGGAACCCUAGCUCCAAACUUGUGUAGAACUGCAAAUGACAAAAUCAGUGUUAUACUGGAACACUGCUGGCUGUGAAGUGUCUGCCACACAGCAUGACGACCUGAGUUCAAUACCCCAGAAGCCCCAGAAAAGGCAGGCUGCACGGUUGCUUGGCUGUAGCCCCAGCGCUGGGGAAGAGGAAACAGGCAGACUCCUGAGCUCACUGGGCAACCAUCCCAGAUUGAUUGAGCUCCGGAUUUAGUGAGAGACUCGACCUCAAAAAAAUAAGGUGCUUAGAAAUCACUGCAGUCAACAAUGUCAGCCUCUGGUUCCCAUGUACACACACGUACACACACAUGCACACACCACCGUGAAUUUGGGGCCAACCUGGACUACAGAGUGACAGCCUAUCUCAAGGAAAAAGUAAAAUGCCCAGGAGACGCUGACAUGUCUGUUGGAAUGCUUUUGACAAGAGCUUUAAAAGCAUGCAAAGGGAAAGAAACACACCAUUGUCUUUCUUUUCAUAAUAAGAAAUAUUGUCUGUGGCCAUAUAGCCCCGAGCACACCCCCAUCUCAUCUAACAGGAAAUGCGACUUUCUGGAAUUUUCUAUAUGUGUGUGGGGAAAGUGUGUAUCGUGUUUGGGAGUACUGACAGGCUAGAAGAGAGCAUUGGGUCCCCCGAAGCUGGAGUUAAGGGUCCCCAAGGUGCUGGGAACCAGAAAGAACAGGGUUUAACCAUUGAGCCAUCUCUCUGCCCCAAACCGGUUUGGAGUGGGCAUUGCUGAGACAAGGCAGCUGACAACAUGCAGAGGACAGGAGCAGCUCUCUUUCCUCAAGUCAAGGCUGGCGAGAUGCUGAGCACAUGAAGGUACCACCAACCCCAGGACUCCCACCGGUGCCCUCUGACCCCCACAUGCAGGCCAUGGCACCAACACACACACAUACACACACACAUGCAUGCAAAUGCCCACAUGCACACACACUGCUCCAGCCCUGGCUAUGUCCAAUCUGCUGCUUUCUCUUCUCCCAACUCCUCCAGAUGCCUCUCUCCCUUAUCCACAAUAAAAAACCUUUCCCCAGUCCAAAAAAAUAAAAAGAUGAACUUCGGGGGCUGGAGAUGGCUUUUAUAGAAGAGCACUUGCUGCUCUUACAGGGAACCCCAGUUCAGUUCCCAGCACCCAUAUGGAAGCUUAGAACCAUCUGUAUCUCCAGGUCCAGGGGAUCCCGUACCAUCCAGUACCCUCUCCUGGCCUCAUCAGCUGUCACGGGUGCUUGUGGAGCAGUUAGCAUGAAUACUCUGAAAGUACUCAUACACAUAAAGUUGUUUUAGUAAAAAAGGUGAGCUCUAGAGCUGAGGUGUGGGCUCAAGCAGAGUACUUGUCUAAAACACAUGAGUCCUCAUGUUCUACCCUCAGUGAUGAGGAUGAUGAUGGUGACAGUGACGGUGACAGUGACAGUGAUGAUGAUGCAAAUGAAUGAAGCUCCUAAACCAAAGAACUAACACUAAAAACUCUUAAAACAGAAGCUUCAAA